AUGCAAGGAGUUCACUUGCAAGAUCUUGUAAGUGCUGGUGUGGUUAUGGAGAAUUCGCCAACGCUUUGUAGUGGGAGGGACAAAAGGAUUUGGAUGCCUGAUAUGAAGGGUGUGUUUUCAGUUAAGUCAGCUAGAGAAUUGAUUAGAAAGAAGUUCCCUACUAUGAAAGAAGCUUCGCUAUUGUGGAGGAAAGUUGUGCAUCCUUCUUUGGCGGCUCAGAAUUGGAAGUUUGUUCGGGGAGCGUGUGCAACUCUUGAUAAAGUUCGCAGCAGUUUUGCGCAAAAAGCUUGGAACUGGAUAGCAGGUAUUUUCAAUAUAAAACCUUAUUAUGAUUUGAUCACGUCUUACAAUGGAGCUAGGCUUCAAAGUGGCAUUGUUAGAGAUUUGUGGCUGGUAGCAAAUUUGGUUGUGCGAUCUGAACUUUGGUUCACUAGAAAUAAGAAGGUAUAUGAGAAGAAAGUUCCUUGCUGGUCCUUUUUCCAAAAACGAGUGUUCAAUUUGAUGCAUGAAUACUCAGUUAGAAUGAAGAGUUUUAUGUUCAAUACGGUAGCAGAUUUGAGAAUAUUGGAUUUCUUUCGUGUUAAGCAUAGGAAAGUGAAGAUUUCAGAUCCAAAGGAGUGUUAUUGGACGCCUCCUAAUAACAAUGAAUUGCUGUUGUGUACUGAUGGUGCCUCAAGAGGAAAUCCGGGAGUGGAAGGGGCUGGUGUUGUGGCUAGAAAUGCGAGUUCGGAAGUGGUAGGGGCAAUGUGUAUUGGCUUAGGAAUUGCGACUAACUAUAUGGCUGAGUUAUAUGGAAUUAUUGUUGGUCUUGAAUGGGCAAUUCAAUGGGGUUAUGAUCGUUUGUUGAUUAGAUCAGACUCUUCUUCGGUGCUGAAGGCUUUGGAGGAGGAUAAUGUUCCAUGGUUUGCUACACAAAGAGGCUGA